CGUCAAGGAGUGCCGUUACAAAGGCAAUACGCCCGACCAACUCAACUCAAGAAAACCGUCCGCGUCCCAAGACCGUGUUCUCGGCCACCGACUGUGACAGCUAUCUGUGUGUACCCCAUGCUGCUGCUGGAAACAAGUGGACGACCCAGCCACCCCUGCAAUGGAACAAGAUCCACAUGUCCCUGCAGUUGAACGAGUCUUCAUUUGAUGACCCACCUGACUUCCCAAUGGAACUAGACAAUUCACUUGACAACCUAGCCACACAAGAUACUGAACUGCAGCCAGAAAGUAAAGAAACUGCCAGCACAAGACCUAUUUAAACCAGCGUCUGCUAUAGUGGAUGAUGUUCUACAAGAGAUGGGGAAUGCACCAUGCCCUAGUCUGCCUAAGCCAGAGCACUUGGAAUGAUCAUGUGAGGGUGAGAGGUCUUCAUAUCAGCUGCUGAAAGGGUGUGCUCAUCUCAGUGACCCAGUGCGCAGCUGAAUCUUCAUGCAGAACCAAAAAUGAGUACGGUGAAGCUCAGUCCAGAAAGGUUACAAGCCAUCGAUAAUUACUUUUGCAAUUAUAGUUACAUUGAGGGAUCAUUUGCAACACACAGUGACCGUGUGUUGAGUGAUUUCUUAACACCGGUCAUUGAUGAUCUGUCACAUUAUGUGCAUACUUCAAGAUGGUGGAAACACAUUCAAACAUUUGAGCUGCAUGAGCUCCAGGGUAUGGCUCGAACCAUAGAUGAGAUCCUUGAUGUACUUGGGAAAUCAAGCAAAACGCCGGAGAUGCGUGCAAAGGAACAGCUCUCUUUAAUUUGCCGGCGACUGGAUGAAGUCAUUGGGGAGGAUCGCAUCGCAGCCGUCAUCAAGGAACGUCCCCUCAAGAUUUAUUGGGGUACUGCCACCACUGGCAAGCCACAUGUAGCAUACUUUGUUCCAAUGACAAAGAUUGCUGAUUUUCUUAAGGCUGGUUGUGAGGUAACAGUGCUGCUAGCUGAUCUCCAUGCUUACCUGGAUAACAUGAAGGCACCAUGGUCCCUUAUUGAGUACCGCACUCGUUACUACAAGGCUGUUAUAGAGGCAAUGCUGAAAGCUAUUGGCGUGUCAGUAGAAAACUUGCGCUUUGUCCAGGGACGGAAUUAUCAGCUGGGAAGUCACUACACGCGAGAUAUGUACCGCCUAGCUGCCAUGGUCACUGAGCAUGAUGCUAAGAAAGCUGGUGCAGAAGUGGUUAAGCAGGUGGAUGCUCCACUCCAAUCUGGUCUGCUGUACCCUGGACUUCAAGCCUUAGAUGAAGAGUAUCUAGAAGUAGAUGCUCAGUUUGGAGGAGUGGAUCAGAGGAAGAUCUUUAUGUAUGCUGAGAAAUAUUUGCCUAAGCUUGGAUACCAGAAGAGGUCACAUCUCAUGAAUCCAAUGGUGCCUGGUCUCACUGGAGGAAAAAUGUCUGCCUCAGAAGUUGACUCCAAGAUUGAUCUUUUGGAUUCUGCAGAUGAUGUAGCACGAAAGCUAAGAGGAGCAUCCUGUGACCCAGCCUCCCCAGAUAAUGGUGUGAUGGCCUUUGUGAACUAUGUAGUGUUUCCUGUGCUAGAGAUGCAAGGGAGACCUUUCCGGAUAGAUGGUGAGGUAUACUCAACCUUUGAGCAGCUGAAAGAGGAUUUCAUUAAUUAUAAGGUAUCUGGAAAUGAUAUAAAGUACUUUGUCAUUGGUGUCUUGAAUUCACUAUUGCAGCAUAUUAGGUAUGAAUUUUCAAAACCUGAACUCAAAGAAUUGGCAAAAUUAGCUUAUCCUGAUUCCAUAAUGGAUCAACCAACUCCACAGGCUAAGCAGGAAGGUGAAAAGCCUAUUGUACAUGAAAUGAACAUUGAUGAUCGAAUACAGCUAAUAAGUAGGAACCUGGUUCACCCAUCUCCUGACUCUCUCAGGACUGUCCUUACCAAAACUCCUCAUGUCUUGUGGUCAGUAUCUCUCACUCGGCCUCCUGAUUGUUGCAUAGUGAGUCAUGUGGCCAAAUUACGGGAUUUUCUUUCAGCUGGAUGUCGUGUCACUGUGUUGGCUUCUGACGUUCUCUCCCAUUUGGAUGGGUGCCAAGUCCCAUGGGAUUUUGUUUCAAAUAUUGCUGACUACUACUUAGAGUUGAUCAAGGCUACCAUGACUGUUUUGAACAUUGCAAUGGAGAAUGUUCAAUUUGUCAAAGGGAGUAGCUUCCAGGAGGAUAAGGAAUAUGUUCUUGACUUGUACAAGAUGACUGCUCUUGUCACUUGCAAGGACUCUAGCCAAGCUAUAUCAAGUGUAGUGAAGGAUCCAAACCUACUCUCAGCUCUACUAUAUCCUGACAUGAUGGCCUUAGAUGAGAAGCACUUGCAUGCUGACUUUCAUUACUGUAGUAGCAAAUAUGCUCCAGUAAUUGAGUUUGCUCAAAAGAGUCUUCCAUUGGUAGGAGGAGAACCAUGCACUCCUCUGAUUAGUGAUGAAAUGCCAUCAUUGUUGAACCGAGCUGCCUUGACUCCUGAUGAGGAAUAUAUUGGACUUACAGAACAAGAGUCACAACUAAAGAAAAAGAUCAAAUCUGCAUUCUGUGAGGAGGGAAAUGUCACCUUUAAUCCUGUGUUGUCUUUAGUAAGAAAUGUUAUCUUUCCUUGGCUAGAAAAAGAAAAAUUUGUUGUGGUGAGGACAGAGGAAAAUGGUGGUAAUCUGGAGUUUGAUUCCUUCAGCCCCUUAGAGGAAAUGUUUAGCCAAAAGAAAUUGCAUCCAGGAGACUUGAAAAAUAGUGUUUUGGAAUAUAUGAAAAAAAUUAUUCAGCCCAUCCGAAAGGCAGCAGAAUCACCUGCUAUGAAGAAGCUUCACAACCUGGCAUAUCCUCCGCCACCUAAGAAAGCAAAAGGUCCCCAGAAGGCAGCUGGUGGAGAUGAGUUUGUUCCUUCAAAAUUUGAUAUGCGAGUUGGAAAGGUAGUUGAAGUAAGAAGACACCCAGAUGCAGAGUCCCUUUAUGUUGAGAAAAUUGACAUUGGGGAGCCUGAGCCACGCACCAUUGUAAGUGGUUUAGUCAAAUAUGUCCCCAUAGAGGAGAUGCAGGACAGAAUGGUAGUGGUAUUGGCUAACCUGAAGCCAGCAAACAUGAGAGGAGUAAAAUCAGCUGGUAUGGUUUUGUGUGCCUCUGCAGGUGAGCCAGCAGUGAUAGAACCUCUGCAGCCUCCACAAGGAAGCAGACCAGGUGACCGAAUAGUGGCUGAGGGCUAUGAUGAUCCACCUGACCCCGUCCUAAACACUAAGAAGAGUGAUGCUCUAGCCAAGAUGUUAGCUGGCUUCAGGACUGAUGCCUCCCUGAGGGCAACAUGGAACAAGAUUGUUUUGGGCACUAGUAAUGGGCCUCUUACUGUGUCAACUCUAAAGGAUGCUCCUAUAAAAUAAUGCAUAGGGUGUAUAGUGGUUUUAGUAUAUAAAUUUUCAGACUGAAAAAGUUUACUUGUUAUGAAGAAAUAGAAAUCAAAGUAAUUUCUGGAAAUUUCUGUUGGUAUAUCUUCAUUUGCAUAUACAAGUGCCUUCUCAGUGAAGUGGUGAUAGUGAGAUAGUGAUGCAUCAUAGAAUGGGAUUAGAUGUAUAAAGGUGAAGUGAAAAUGGCAAAAAGAGAGGAAUGAAAAUCAUAACUUUCUGGCUUGGAUCACAUAGUGUGCAUGAAAUAAGAUGAAACAGUCUCCAGCCUUCCUCAUACCAAAACUUAAUACGUACAACUUAUUUUCACAUUGUUGGGUUGGGUCUUUGUGUCACAUUUUUUUAGUAGUAUUUAAUAAAUGUUUUGAAAUAAUAAA